AGUUUGUUUUCCAACUUCCAAGCCCAAGCAUUGUGAUUUUUGCUCGUCUAUUGCCGGCUUGUUUAAAUUUUUUUAUUUUAUCAAACAAUUCAAUUCAUUAAAAACAAUGGAGACUUUGCUAGAGCAGCAGAGGAGAUAUCAUGAAGAAAAAGAGCGUAUCAUCGACUCCAUGGUCAAGGAAACAAUCUUCAAAAAGACCACUCAAAGGGAGAUAAUCAACUCGGAACACCGUCAGAAAAUUUUGCUUGACAGGUAUAUGGAGAGUACAAGAGUUUUGAAAGAGAUCUAUGAAGACAAGGACGGACAGCGCAAAGAAGAGGUGGCAUUGCUCUCUGGACCGAAUGAAUUUGUGGAAUUUUACAACAGACUAAAACAGAUCAAGGAAUUUUACAAAAAACAUCCAAAUGAGAUUGCUGUACCAAUGUCCAUGGAAUUCGAUGAGUUUGCAAAACAGAGAGAGAGUGGAGCUGACGAAACAAAUAAUUUGGUUGACUUUACCGAUGAGGAGGGCUAUGGCAAAUAUUUGGAUCUUCAUGAAAGCUAUGUGAAAUACACAAAUUUAAAAGGAAUUCAGAAAAUUGACUACAUUAGCUACCUUAACAUGUUUGACCGUCUCUUUGAUAUUCCCCGGGAAAAGAAGAACGCUGAAUACAGAAACUAUCUACAAGCAUUGGUGGAUUAUUUAGUCGAUUACGUUGCUCGAGUAAAACCAGUCAUGGACCUUGACAACUUGUUUCAUGAAAUCGAACAAGAUUUCGAAAAGGACUUUGUAGCGGGUACAUUUCCUGGAUGGCCGAAAGAAACAACCGGAAGUGCUUUGGCAAACGCAGGUGCAGCGUUGGAUAUUUCAGCGUUUUCAUCUUGUGAGGAAUUGGCAUCUCUAGGACUGGAUCGUUUGAAAUCAGCAUUGAUAGCUUUGGGUCUCAAGUGCGGUGGAACACUCGAAGACCGUGCCAAAAGACUCUUCAGUACAAAAGGUCUGUCGGUAGAUGAAAUUGACAAAUCUCUCUUCGCCAAAGGCCAGGGUAAAAAUCGAGGUGCUACCGAACAAGAUAAGGAAGCCGAAAAACAAAAAAAGAUUGCCCUUCUGGAGGCUCAAGUUUACAAACUGAUUGAGAUCUUGUCUGAACCACGGCAUGCUACCAAAGAGAACGUGGAACGUAAACAGGCCCGAACAGAUGGGGAACGAGAGGAGGAAGAAGAAGACGUUGUCGAGGUCCCCGAGGAUGAAGAUGAAGACGAUGACGUCCCUUACAAUCCCAAGAAUUUACCACUAGGUUGGGAUGGAAAGCCCAUUCCAUAUUGGCUUUACAAAUUGCACGGCUUGAACAUCAGCUACAAUUGCGAGAUUUGCGGCAAUUACACGUACAAAGGUCCAAAGGCGUUUCAACGUCAUUUUGCCGAAUGGCGUCACGCUCACGGCAUGCGGUGUCUGGGUAUUCCCAACACGGCCCACUUUGCUAACGUAACACGAAUCGAAGAUGCAAUUUCACUUUGGACAAAAUUGAGAAGCCAGAAAACGUCAGAACGUUUCGUCGCCGAUCACGAGGAAGAGUACGAGGACUCGAUGGGCAACGUCAUCCCCAAGAAAACGUACGAAGAUUUGCGUCGACAGGGUCUCUUGUAAAGAAACAUGACUGGAAAAAUAAAUCUUAUAACUUCGUG